AUGAAGACAUUCACCGAACAGCCACGAACAGAACCAAGCAGCCAGGGCCCAAAUGACGAAAGCCUGCCAACCUCUCGCAAACUCCUAACUUCCCUCUUCAACGCCAUAGCCACCAUCCCCCUUGAGCCAGAUUCUGAUACCUCCUUCAGCGACUCUGAAGGCGCAGAUACAGACAGCAGGUCCACAAAAGCGAGGAAGUCGAGGUUAAAAAGCCUCGAUGAUACCAAGACACAGACAAACCCCCUCCGUAAGGUGCCCCAAUCACACCGGUCUUUGCUCGUGACGCUGCAUGCCCUGUUCCCGGGGAUGGUGCUGCCUGCGUUGGAUCUGCUUGAACGAGGGUUGAUUGGGAGGGUGGUGCUUGAUCUUAAUGAGGGGGGGAAUGGAAAGAAAGCUACAGUGAAGAGGGAGACAGCUACGGAGAGGGAUCAUCGUGAUUGUGAGCUCGGGCACGGCCACGAGAGCCAGUCCAAAGACCAUACACAUGACGCCGGACAAGAUACUGCCUCGGCUGCUACUGCCCAAGGGAAUGAAAAGGGCAAGAAGCACCAAGAAAAUGCCUUCUACCUAGUCACGUCUGCCUCUGCCCUAGAAGAGCUGGAGCGGCGAAGGCGCCAGCGCAAGUGGCAUGGUCGACGGGCUGAUGUUGAUGAUGACGACGAUGAGGACGGCGACGGGAUGGCAGUCAGGAGGUACAUUGUUCGACUUGAAGCAUGGCACUGUACUUGUGCCGCGUUUGCCUUCGCUUCUUAUGGACAGGGGAACGCGGUGAGUUGGACGUUCAAUGAAGUAGAACAGGUCACUGGUAGGCAAGGGGAGCAGGGAGGGGAUGCUGAGGGUGAUGGACUGAAGGAAGUAGAAUGGUCCUUUGGAGGGCUAAGUCUAGAUGGUCUGGAGGGCGAAUCGGCUGCUGGAGAAAGCGUACCGAUGUGUAAGCACCUGCUGGCUUGUCUGCUAGCUGAAAGAUGGAGUACUGCUCUAGGGAGAUACGUUGUCGACAAGAAGGUUGGCAGGGAGGAGAUGGCGGGGAUUGUGGCCGACGCGUAG